UCAUGAAAUCAAAAAACAAGAAACUGUCAGAGACGCUGCUGCAGCUUCAGCUCAUCUCCAAACACACCGAGGCAAAGUUUCACCAGCCGCUGCUGCUAACCGACACUCAGAGGCGGACUGGACAUCGUGAGACUGUCUCAGUGGAGUCUGUGUAACCGGCUCAGGACGCUGUUUAAACGGGUAAAUUGAAACCCAGACGGACUGAGGCAGAGCAGAUAUGAGUGACGUGGCGGAGGAAGCGAUGGACAGCUCAGCGGUGUCAGAGGAAGACGUGGAGGAUCAGCAGGAGAUGUCACAGGGAGACCAGUCGAGUCCAAACAAAAGCCGAUCCAAAACACCCGGCUCAGACAAACGGGCUUCAGGUGAAAUCAUCGAAGGCAAGCGGGCGAAGAAAACCGUGGAGAGGCUCGAUUUUCAGGCUCCGAAGCAACGAGAGAAGCUCAAGUUUGGAGAUGGUAGUGGAGAUAAAUUAGGAGAUAUUCCUCGCACCAGCUACCAGAUCACCAAGAUGAAGCCGGCUGAUCUGAAAACUCUUCACGCCAUCCUGUUCGACCGACCGGGAAAGAUGGCGACAAUAAAGAAGAACCUGCGUCUGUUUAACGGCUUUCCUUUCGAUGUAGAAAGCGAACAGUACACCAAAAAACGAGAGAAACUCCUCAAGAGCUCAAACUUGACCAACUCCAAACUGAAAGUGGUCUGCAGUGUUUUGGAUCUGGAGAAGAAAGGAACUCACUCAGAUCUGGUGGACAGGAUCCUGACGUUCCUCACCUCACCGAAAAACAGCGGCAAGCGUCUGCCGGUGAAGAAGAAGAAGAAAUCAAAGAAAAAACUAUCCGGCGACGACUCGAACACCAAAACCAAGAAGAAGAGCAAACCCAAACCCAGGAGCUCGUCGUCCAGCCCCAAAAAAUCCAAACUGGGCAGCAAGUCCAAAGCCAUCGUCAUGGACCUGAGCAGCGACGAAGACGACGACGAUGAAGACGAGAAGGUCGGAGCUUCGGCCGAGGCGGAGGGAUCCGACGCUGAGGAGAAAAGAUCGAAUAAAGAAGAAGAAGAGGAAGAGGAAGAGCGGUCUGACAAGUCGGAGGAGUCUGCAGACGAUGAAGAGGAGGAGGAAGAGGAGGAAUCUGAUGAUGAUGAUGACGAUGAUGAUGAGUCCAGCAGAGGGAAAUCUGCGUCCAAGAAAUCCACAUCGCUGAAAAGACAAAGGACACCAGCGAAGAAGACGGCUCCUCCCAAAAAGAGAGCGAAGAAGGAAGUUUCAGACGAGUCGGAGUCGGACAGUGAAGUAGAGAAGCCCAAAAAGAAGAAGUCUGCUCCGGCCAAACCUGCUGCCAAAACUAAGAAGGCCGACAGCAGCAGCAACAGCAAAAACAACACGAAUACAGCAGAGGACAGCUCAGACGAUGACGAGCCGCUCAUUAAGAUGAUAAAGAAAUCACCGACUGACGAGCAGCUGAAGCAGACGGUCCAGAGUCUGCUGAAGGAAGCCGACCUGGAGGAGAUGACCAUGAAACAGAUCUGCCAGAAGGUAUUUGACACUUACCCAGACCACGACCUGACCAGCAAGAAGGACUACAUCAAACAGACAGUCAAGUCUCUGAUCACAUGAAGGUCUGAAGAAUCUCUGUAAACGUUGACGAGGGACAAACUUCAGCAGAAAUGACUGAAACGCUUCUUUUCUUCUUUCAUAUCAUGUUUUUCUUUUUCAUACAAAGUUCUUCUUGUUCUGUUUUUUACAUGUUUCUGUUUGUUGUUGUUUUUUAUUUUUUAAUGGAUAUAUCGACUCGUGUAGGAUUUCAGGUAAACUCAGCAGAGUUAAUCAUCGUUGUUAGAGUUCUCAGGCACGGCUUCGUGCCUUCAGUCGAGUCCAAAGCAAAAGUCUGAUCAGCAGAGUAACAAAUCCAAAACACUUCUCACAUGUUCCAUCAUUUAAUAGUUUCUGGCUGGAAGUCGGCUUUCAGUUCUGUUUGGUAAAAAGGAAACAGAAUGAUCUUUAUUAAUGGAUCAGAAUUCAACAGUCUGCUUUAUUUCUAGGUUUACUCUCCGUGUGAAGGUGAUUUAAUGAUCAGUGGAUGUUUUGCAGGUCAAAAUGAAAAAGCAGCAGUUUGGACUUUAAAACACAGUUUGCCAAAAUCUGAUCUUUGCUUUUAACUCUCAAUGUUAAGCUUUUUAUUUAGAUGAAGCUAUUUUUUUUUUUUUUUUUUUUUUUUUUUUAACAACCAUUUCAAGUUGUUUUUUGGGUUUUUUGUUACUUGUUUUGCUGUCAAAUAAUAAUUUACAAUUUAAAAAUCA